UACCCAUCUUCAAAGUACAAAAUGGCGCCUUCGUGAGCUUUUUGCUGUCGUGCAUCAUUUGUGUUUACUCGAAAACUGCAUCUUCAGGGCCGUUCCGCGAACAUUGUAAAGUGACAAUGACUUUCACCUGAUUUUCACGGAUUGCUACGUAAGCCCUCUUUAUCCUACUUCGGAACACUGAAAAGCGCCGAGGUGUUGUCGUGCGCUGACCACCCCAACCACACCAAAAGAUGGCCAGGGACCGCAAAAAACGAAGAUCGCACUCUCGGAGCUCUUCGAGUUCGCCGGAGCGAAGCAGCCGUCGACGACGCAACAACCGUUCUCGAAGUCGUGACCGACGACGCCGCAGUAUCGAGAGACACCGACGCUCGCGUUCGCGUGAUCGUCGGCGGAGCCGCUCUCGAGACCGCCACCGCCGAUCCCGCUCUCGUGGCGGUCGUCGGUCGCAUUCACGGUCGCGGUCCCGCGAUCGGAGAUCCAGGAGUCGUGAGCGACGCUCGCGCAGCAAGGACCGGGACCGCAAGCCCGAGAAGAGCGCCGAAGACAAAAGAAUCGAAGAGCAAGUAGCGGCCGCGAAGGCAGCUGCCGAACUUGCAUGCGGCGCGCUUGAAAACGACAACAGCAUGGACAAAGACACCAGACAACAGCAGCUUGACUUGGAGAUGCAGCGAAGGCGUGAGCGUAUAGAGAAAUGGCGCGAGGCACGGAAGAAGACCGAAGAGGCCGCCAUGAUUGUGCUCCCUACGCCCGGGAAAAAGUGGAGCUUGGAGGAUGACGACGAAGAUGAAAGUGGACCACCUAUCAAGGAGGAGCCCAUCGAUGACUCCGAGUUCGGACUUAAAAGACCGCUCAAAAGUGAGGAUAAGGAAGAGGACAAGCUGGAAGCCAAGCUUAGUGCCAAGUCGAAGGCCAAGUUGGUCCCUGAGAAGGUCAUCAAAGAGGAGGUCAAGCAAGAGGAAGUCAAGCCGGAGGUCAAAGAAGAGGCCAUGGAGGUAACUAAAGAGGAGGUGCCAGCAGCAACAGAGGUAAAGCAAGAGGAAGAGGAUGACGUGGAUCCACUGGAUGCUUACAUGAUUGACAUCCACAAGGAGGUUAAGCAGCUCAAGGACAAGGCCUUCAAAGGCAACUCGAAAUCCGAGCAAAAGGCCAACAAGGUUACGGUCAUUGUCGGUGUGGCAAAGAAGAAGGAAGACAAGAAGAAAGGGGAGCUCAUGGAGCAGAACGUCGAUGCCCUCGAGUACUCUUCAGAAGAGGAGGGAGAAGACCUGCAGUCGGCCAUGCAGGGACUCCAGAACAACAAGGCUAAGAAGCCAGCUACAGUCUCUAUUGAGGACAUCUCCUAUGCCCCCUUCCGCAAGAACUUCUACAUCGAGGUUCCGGAACUGGCCAAGAUGACGCCUGGGGAGGUGGAGCUGUGGCGGGCGGAGAUGGAAGGGAUAAAGGUGCGGGGCAAGGGUUGCCCCAAGCCAAUCCGGAACUGGGCCCAGUGCGGAGUAAGCAAGAAAGUCAUGGAAGUGUUGAAGAAACACGGGUUCGAAAAGCCGACCCCGAUCCAAGCACAGGCCAUCCCUGCAGUCAUGUCCGGCAGGGACCUCAUCGGCAUCGCCAAGACUGGAUCGGGGAAGACGCUCGCGUUCCUUCUACCCAUGUUCCGGCACAUUCUGGACCAACCGCCGCUGGAAGACGACGACGGCCCCAUCGCGGUCAUCAUGACGCCGACAAGGGAGCUCGCUAUGCAAAUCACCAAAGAUUGCAAAAAGUUUACAAAGUCGUUAUCACUGCGCGUCGUCUGCGUCUACGGAGGCACUGGUAUCUCCGAGCAGAUCGCAGACCUCAAGCGAGGAGCAGAAAUCAUCGUCUGCACGCCUGGCCGCAUGAUUGAUAUGCUUGCUGCCAACAACGGACGAGUAACAAACUUCCGUCGAACCACUUAUGUGGUGUUAGACGAAGCGGACCGCAUGUUUGACAUGGGCUUCGAGCCCCAGGUGAUGCGGAUCGUCGACUCUGUUCGGCCAGACCGGCAGACUGUUAUGUUCUCUGCCACGUUUCCAAGACAGAUGGAGGCACUUGCAAGGCGUAUCCUCAUGAAGCCCAUCGAAAUCUUGGUGGGAGGAAGGAGCGUCGUCUGCAAAGAAGUGGAGCAGCACAUCGUGAUCAUCAAUGACGAGGACAAGUUUUUCAAGCUCCUGGAGCUCCUUGGACUUUAUCAAGACAAGGGCAGUGCCAUCGUGUUUGUGGAUAAGCAGGAACAUGCAGAUGUCCUGCUCAAGGACCUGAUGAAGGCGUCCCAUAAUGCGAUGGCACUCCACGGUGGCAUUGACCAGUUUGACCGCGAUUCCACCAUCGUGGACUUCAAGGCUGGCAAGGUCGGAGUCUUGAUCGCCACUUCCGUAGCCGCCCGUGGCCUGGACGUGAAACAUCUGAUUCUGGUCGUCAACUACGACUGCCCCAAUCACUACGAAGACUACGUGCACCGCUGUGGACGCACGGGUCGCGCGGGCAACAAGGGAUACGCUUAUACGUUCAUCACGGACGACCAAGGACGUUACGCUGCCGACCUCUCCAAGGCGCUCGAGCUCAGCGGAAAUCCGGUACCGGAGGACCUCCAGCGGCUCUUCAACAACUACAAGGCCAAGCAAGAGGCGGAAGGAAAGAAAGUCCGCGGAGGCAGCGGGUUCUCCGGCAAGGGCUUCAAGUUUGACGAGGCAGAGUCACACCUGAAGUCGGAGAAGAAGAAGUUCCAGAGGGCCGCGCUCGGCAUGCAAGACUCGGACGACGAAGACGCCGAGGCCGACAUCGAUCGCGAGAUUGAGUCGAUGCUGGCACCGAAGAAACGCGUCAUCAAGGAACUGCCCAGUCCGGCCGCACCUACGGUCAACCAGGGAAUACUGGGUCCGGGCUUCGGGAGGGGAGUUCCACUCCCAAUGAUUGCGCUUGGGUCGACCGCGCCCGCGCCGGCUGGCGGAGUGUCUGAAAAACUCGAGAUGGCACGCAUGCUGGCGUGCCGGAUUAACAUGACACGCACGUUCAGCGCCCCGUCCCAGCCGGCACCAGACAUCCCCCAGACUCCGCAGUCCGCGGCGGAGGCCAUGAUGCGAGGACAGUUUAUCCCGGAACUGCCGACGCCGGUGGUCUCGGCGAGGACCAUCGCGGAGCAGCGGGCGGAGAAGCUGAACACCCGGCUCAACUACCAGCCGAAGAUUAUAGAGGAGGAGGAGGUAGAGCUGCCUCCGCAGAAGGAGAGGUUCCAGAAGUUCGAGGAGGAACUCGAGAUCAACGACUUUCCGCAGCAGGCCCGGUGGAAGGUCACGUCUAAGGAGGCCAUGGCGCAGAUCAGCGAGUACUCGGAGGCUGGCAUCACGGUGCGCGGCACCUACUACCCUCCGGGUAAGGAGGCCAAGGGAGGGGAACGGAAGCUCUACCUUGCCAUCGAGAGCACCAACGAACUGGCGGUCAGCAAGGCGAGGGCCGAGAUCAUACGGCUCAUCAAGGAGGAGAUGGUCAAGAUGCAGCACUCGUACCAGCCCAUCAACAGAGGACGCUACAAAGUGCUCUGAACUUGGAUCGAGUGGCUACCUCGCUCAGUGUUUCUGGUUGAAGCCUGCGGUCUGCACAGGCUUCUUCCUGUGCGGAGACGUGUCAAUAAAUGCGCGUGUCUGUGGCACGUGGUUACUCGA